AUGUCGCAGGCACGACGUUUCCAAGACGAAUUGCCCCUGAUUCACAACUGUCCUGCCUUUAAUGAGCUACGCCUGGCUGAAGAACUCACAGAUGUCAUCAUAGAGGUAAACUUUCCUGCUUGUACUGUUCUGAAAGCGACCCUGGGCAUGGUAGGUUCAGGGAGGUGCUCAAAUCCAAGCGCACAAACUCAUUCUGGCAGCACGCCUUCCGGGUUUGCGAGCCUGCGACAAUGGCCCUCUUAG